AACCCGCUCUGCCUACGCCGUCAUCCCGGAGGAGUCAAGUGUCUACCACUGCCAAGUCGAAACAGUAGCGUUGCAUGGACACGUAUAAGUUUUGGCAAAAAAAAUCGUUCCGAGUGUACGAUAUGCAUGAAGUGUGAUCGAAACGAGAGUCGGGGGUGAGAUGAGAAUCGAUUAUGGAUCGCAGCUAUCGCGGUGUUGAGGAGGUUUGUGCAACUGAUGCAAAGGUACAUCCAGGGUUCGAAAUGAUCAACCACCAGCGAAGCUUUAAGCUUGCACUCGGUGACUUCCGUGGCCCUGGAGAUGACGAUGGUAAACUUGCCCGUGACUUUUACCAAUUUCGCGUCAACAACGCAGAUGACGACAUUCCGACGACUGUCCGUGUAGAUCGAGCUGCCGCUUCGCGGUGCGAUAACAAAAUACAUUACCAAAGUAUCGAGAACCACAAUCAUCGAACUCUCCACGGUUGUCCGCAAAGUUCUGGAGGGAACGUUCCUUACAGUAACUGCAACGAUCACGCGACCCUCGUACGUCGGACGAAUCACGACGGUGUCGUCGUCACGUCUCCGAUGACCCAGCUGUGCAAUUCGGUAUCGCCGAUCAUCACCGGCGGCGCGGGUUGCAGCGUAUCGACAAACUCGUCGGCGAAUUAUUGGAAACAGUACUGCUGCACUGGACAGGAAAGCGGGUAUGGCUCCGACGAAUUCGGUCAGGACUCACCAAGGUACACCUCCCCAAAAGCCGCGGCACUCUACGCCGACCACUAUUAUCUUGAUGACAACGGACCUGGAGCGGGCCCUGGUGAUCCAUGGACAGGAAGCACAGGCGGAGUGCAACCUCCGUACAGUGGCUACGCACCAUCCCAUUUGGCACAGCCAGCUUACCCCAUGCACAUACCCCAUGACCCUAUGGCAUAUCCCGUGAUAUCGCCGAACGGUGAUACGGCAGCCCCGAUACUUGGUUCAGCUGUUACGAGUGCUGCGUCUUUACCACCGAUGUCAACGUUUCGAGGUAGCGCGGCUGUAGCAGCUGGCAGUGGGACGGGAGCCCCAUCUCCCGCUUCCUUGCAGUACAGCCACAGCCCCGGAGCUCCGCCACCAGCCCCCAGUGCACCAAGUGCGACAACCAACAACCAGCCAACGCCAGGAGACACCCUUGGCAAAGCGCUUGCCUCUGUUGUGAGUGCAAGAAUUUAUCCCACGGACCAAUCGGUAUCUAGCUAUAGCAGUAACCCUUCGACGCCGGUUAGCUCACCCCCUCCGUUAACAGGCUCCGCACCAGGCUGGGCCUCAGGCACAGCCCCAGUUUCCCCACAUUUUGCGGCAGACCCAAAUCGUGGCGGAACUAUUCACAUGCCGGCACCAGAGCAGCAGAGGCUAGAUGAUGCCAUCGGCUUCCUGCGCGACCAUGCCGAGUUGGUACAGGGAACACGGAUGGAGGAGCGACUGGACGAUGCAAUCAAUGUACUGAGGAAUCAUGCGGAAAGUCAGCUCGGCUUGCACCUCGCACCUGUAGGACCUCACGCCUCGUUAUAUUCCCAUACCUCACCCCCACAGUUGGACCAUUUAACGAGUCCUCACCCUGCGGUAACAGUGGCGCAACCCCAGGGUUCGUAUCCUGGUCUGACGUCAACACCCGACACAGAUGGUUCUAUAAAAAUCGAGAGGUUACCUGUUUCAAAUGCCAAAUAUAUAUCUUUAGAAAAGAGGAAAGAUCCGCCAGACAGUAGUGGCGGCGAAACAAAACCUUCGAGCAGCGACUUGGUCACUGGAGCUGGUGUCAUAGGAGCCUCUACCGUCAAUUCGACGUCGCAAGGGAAAGGCACCAAGAGAUCGCGCAGAUAUUGUUCGAGCGCUGAGGAAGACUGCGACGACCCUGGCACUAAAGCGGUGCGUGAAAAAGAAAGACGACAGGCUAACAACGUUCGUGAAAGUUGUUCGAGCGCCGAAGACGAGGAUGAUGAUCCUGACAUGAAGGCUCAGAGGGAAAAGGAGAGGAGGCAGGCCAAUAAUGCUAGGGAAAGGAUACGUAUUAGGGAUAUUAAUGAAGCUUUGAAGGAACUCGGCAGAAUGUGUAUGACGCACCUAAAGACCGACAAACCACAAACUAAACUUGGCAUUCUUAAUAUGGCUGUCGAAGUUAUUAUGACCUUGGAGCAACAAGUCAGAGAACGGAAUCUAAAUCCAAAAGCAGCGUGUUUAAAAAGAAGAGAAGAAGAGAAAGCUGAAGAUGGUCCCAAAUUACCUGGACAUUUAGCUACCCACAUAGCGCAUCCUCAUCCCCAUCCGCACUCGCACUCGCAGCCGCCAUUCCCCGCGAUGCCUGGGCCACCACCUUCCCUUCAACACAACCAGUCUCAACCACAGUAGCAGCGGCUGAGCGAUAACGUCGCUCUGUGUUAAGGCGAUGCGUUUGCUAUAAGUUUUUCCAUCACUGGGCUGUCUUGUUGCUGUCUCGUGAAUGGAUUCUAAUUAUCCUACCGUAUAGCGUAAUUAUUUUACUUCUCAACUACCCCGUACACCAAUCAAUCACAUGUAUAUAAAAGUUACACACACUGGUAUACACGAAUUUACGAUCACACAAACACAACAUACACUUUUAUUUGCUAACAUUCAUGUCCGGGCUGUCACGCAUACUCGUAAUUUAUCGAGUGCUGUCGCUUUCAGGUACUUAUUUUGGCAGCAAAGAAAAUAGCCGCACGUACGGCAAUAGAGUACAGAAUUACUUGCUUUGUGAAGAAUACAGUGUCUCAAGAAGUGAUUAAGAUUCCUCUUAGAUGCAUGUUUUGAAAUUUCGCUCGCAGUGAGUAAUCUGACAGUUUUCUAUUUUUAAUUUUGUCGCGUAGCAACGAAACGUCGUGUACCAUAAUAAAAUAUUGCUCGUUACAGUUUGCAUUUUUGAACUAGGUAAUAGAGAAGUUCAAUUGCAUAAAUUUGUACAAUACCCCAGAAUGUUCAACCCCAGGAAUACAAAUUAUAAAUACUUCUAUUCCUUUUUAUUCUUGCCAUGUCGCAUAGCAAAGAGUGAAUAUCAUUGUGUUGCUUUCAUCUAACCAGGCAUAUUUCGAUAGUAUAAGUUUAAGCUUUCGUUGUAUCUGUAAUUAUCCAAAUAGUCCUGCAUUUUCGAAAAACAAAGGAUUUGACAAGUCUUCAAUCGGUAUACUAAAUACAUAAUAGCUGACGGUAGAAGUGACAACAGAUUUUUUAUUCGAUACGACGUUAUUAAAGUUUUGUCUUGGAAAGAGAGUCAAGAAAUAUUGACUUGGAUGAUAUUUUUAAAAAAUUAUAUUUUUAUUAUAUAAAUAAAUACUAUUUAUUCAUGAAAACAACAACGAAUAAUCAUUGGAAUUUAACUUUAAAUGCACUGCCCAAAAUACGGACUUUAUAUUUCGGUAACUUACAAUGACGCCAUCCUUAUUGUAUGUUAUCAGAUUUUAAGACAAACGAAGAAAACAAUGUUUUUACUAUUCACAUUUAACAUUUCCAAGAAUUAUUAAUAUCAUGCAUAUGCCGUGGGACCGUAAAGAGAAUUGUCGGUCACUAUACAAAACUCGCGUUGAAUAAAUGAUUAUUAAAUUGCAUCAUAAUAAGACGUACAUACAAUUGUUUUUUAUCACAUGCCAAUCGUUUGGACCUUUACGAAGCGAAUUUUAAGAACAAUGCACCCUUCUUGGUAGUACUUAUUUCUCGUAUUUGUUAUUGUUGUACAGCGGGCAAAGUAACCAAAGUCAUGUUCACAAGCAUUAAUAGCAGUAGUGUAUGUUUUACUACUGAAAAAUUCUCCACAUACACACGUUCAUUUCCAUAUACUUACGCAUUUCGUAGAGAUAUUUCGAUAGCCUUUUAUAAAGAAAAGAAAUAUCAAACAAAAAAGAUGACUGUGAUUCAUAAUUUCUAUUUUCAUUUACAAUCAAUUGCCAGUGCCCUUUUUUCCAAUUUUCUUUGUUCUCUUGGUAUGUGAGUAAGGGGAAAUAAAAAGUACGAAAUUAUGUAGAGAAAAAAAAACUGACAAGUUUCAAAGUUCUUUAUUUAUAAUAAUAAAUAAAUUAUCACAUCUUAAUUAUAAAAUAUUUUAGCAAUAUACAGAUUUCUGAAAUUCAUUUCUGUUCGCUAUUAAUGUAAUAAAUGACGAUCUGCAUCGGCAGAGCAUAAGCGGCGCAACGCGUGUGACGUGACUACUCGUGUAAGCACGAAUAAAGCUCGCGGGUAUGCGAGUGUUUGUGUAUGUGAAAUAAAAAAUGCGUUGCUCAAAGACUAUACACAAGAUUAGGUAUUUAGAAGGAAACCUGGCUUUAUCUAUAGCGUGUGUAGAAUAUCCACACUUGACGUGUGUGAGCAGUUUAAGCGGAUACAUGUCCUAGUACGCACCUGAAGCAUGUUUCAUCAUUUCCCACCUCUCUUCGUCGCGACAGCUCUGAAACAGAUUAAUCAGGAUUCAAAUCGUAACUGUAUUAAUAAUCUUAUCGGAAUUAUUCCGCCUGCUUAUUAGCAACAAGGCGAAACAUUUUUGAUGCUUAUUUUUAUAAUGAUUUUUUUUUGACGUUUACUUAUAUUUCUCUACGCGUUAUAGAAUCUUCGGGUAUAACGGAUAAGUAUUAUGUAAAGAGGCGAAUUUGUUGAAAUUUCCGCUAGUAAAUAAGAAAGCAAUUAAAUGUGAUAAAUUACUUACAUUUUCUCAACAUCCCGCAACACGCUUUGCAGUCAUUGUGUUGUAUCGAUACAAUCGAAAUAGAUAACUGCAUGUUGAGAACAUUUGCGUUGUAUACUAAACUUUUGCUUUGCCUAACAAGGUAAGGGGGGAAGGGGGGGGAGUAGUAGUGUCAAACCAGAUACAUCAGGCAUCCGAAUGUAAAACAAUGUAAUGAUAGUGAUGGAAAAACUUGGUACAAGCGCAUCGUCUUUGUCAUACCAUGGGAUGUAGAACGACAUCUAAGUGGGCAUGAUAAUUUCUUUGACUUGAAUUCAAUAUCUGACUAAUGGGCUUAUCUCUGCUUUUACUUUACGGUACUCGACGUCAAUUGAAAUUGUAUUCCAUCUUUGAAUUUACCAUUUGUUUCGUGAAGUUGAGCUGUCCGCGCAGCAUAGAUCUCAAUUCCACGAAAGUUUCUUCAAUAAUCUUAUAUAUUUUACUAUCAAGUGACUGAUAACACAUUUUAACAACUUACGUUCAGGUCAAUUAAGCAAUGUCAUGCUUUGUGAGACAAUUUUCUGACGAAAAAAUCCUUUCAAUAUAGGCGCACUAGAGGCAAUGCGUUUGUGCAUCUGUUUUUAUUUCUUUCUUCGUUUGAGCAUCAUUGUUUUUAAGAUUGAAUGCCCGAUGUGAUUUCGAGAAAUGAUGAACUGUAUGAAUUUAUCGAUAUAAAAGUUUUUUUUUUUUUUACCCAUCUAUCCGCCGUGCUAUUUCGCGUGUAUUACGUACAUGCAUAUGUAUACAGUAACAAACUUUUAUUUGAAAAACUAAGUGAUCCCAGUGACGUUUCUUAAUUAUUUCGUUUAUAUUACUUUCAUAUUUAUCAAUGAUCAGAAUGUGGCCCCAGCUACAGAAAGAUAGCAAGGGGAGUGUGAUAAAAACCAGUCACAACUGAGACAACUCCCGGUUGAUAAAUUUUAUCAUAUAUUAGUAGAGCAUGUUUCAAAUUAUCAAAUUUUAACGGAAUUAUUGUUUCGUCUGUGAAUUUUCUGGUAGUUUCGCAAAAACGGAAUGAAUAAGGAGAAGUUCUUAAAUUACUUGGAAAAAAAUCCUGACGCCAAACAUGUGCUUUAAGUGCUUACUAGCGAACGCAUUCCCUUAAGAUUAAGGACAAUAAAUAUUAUACCUUUGCGUACACACUCAUAUUUCAUUGCUCCUAGUUAAGGAGUGUUUGUACAUAGGAAAGAGUUCUGCCCGCCUACUUAAAUUUGCUUUGUCAACUUGCACCGGCGCGCUAGCAAACAGACGAUAUAUGGUAUAUUCUGUUCCAGUGAAAGAAUUGUUCAAACAUUAUUAUUAUUAUUAUUAUUAUUAUUUCGUCAGUAUGUGUAUAGGGGAUUCAAAUUUUAUGCAGUACUUUUUCCUACAUUCGUGGCUAAUUUAUAACGAGAUAGGAAAAAAUUUGCUAGGCUGGAGUUUAUGUAUACGCUUUUUUUUUUUAUUAUUAUUCAAUCGGUUUGUAGAGAGAACAGACCAGUGAAUAAAUGCUUCAAGCGGUUGAUAAUCUCAAAAAGAAUUGACAACUUUUCGUAACGAUUGCAUUGAACUGCUAAUUUUCCAUCCCGAGUUAAUUUAUUCACUGAUGGGUUCAUUCUAUCUGUGUGAAACAAGAUAUCGGACAGAUGUGUUUUAUUUGUUGACUUUACUUUACAACAACAUUAUACGCACACGUCCCAGACAUUUGGCACUUUUGAGUAUUAUAAUAUAAAUUACAAUAUUUCAUACACAUACUAUACAUAUAUAGCAAAUUUUUAGCAUUAGAAAUAUAUUCCAUGUUUGUUAUUAUUUAAGUUUCUUCUUUUACUACGAAUUACCGAUAGGUCAGAUAUAUAAAUAUAUAUAUAUAUAUAUACAUAUAUAAGGACUGUGCGGAUUUCCGGAAUCUCGGGACAAAAGUUUAGAUUGUGGAUGGGUUUGUAUCAAAUCAGAUCAGAUUUUUUGGCGAUGCAGAAAUUUUGGAGAAAACUGUAACGUGGAUAACCGAACUUACCGAAUAUUUAUAGUAUUGGACAAAUACUAAAUAAUAGUAGUGAAUAAUAUAUGUAAAUGGCAUAUCUAAAUGGCGUAAAUAUUUUCAGUUAAAAAUAUAUCAUCUUUCAUCGGGAGAUCCAGGAAUGCCAAAAAUUUUGACAAAACUGAUAUUGUAGAGAGUCCCGACAUUUUCAUAAAUCCGGAUGUUUUCGGGGAUCACAAAACUCUCGGCAACACGACCCUAAAGUAAUAGAUUUCUUCCGAUAUGACGACCCGAAGAAUUCUGGUACCCGCACAGCCCUAGUAUGUAUGUAUAUUUUUUGUAUUUUUUUUUUUUUUUUUUUUUUCAUCAUUUCAUAUCAAUGAUAUAUUUUUUUUUUUUUUUUGCAAUAUUAUUAUAUAUUAUUGUACUUGAAAGAUCAUAUUUCAAGCUGCAUUAUUAUGUUAUCAAAGUGAGUUUUAAAAAGGAAAAAAAGGAAAAAAAACGACGCACUGAAAUUCUGAAUUUAAUCAUUACAAAAUAACGUUAUGUCUAUACAGUACCGUAUUAACGAAGCUAAAAAAAAAAAACAAAUUAAUAAAAAUAGCAAAUCCCACGCUGGUAUAUGCAAAUUCUUUCUCCACGCAAAAUUUCUCUCUGUUCGCAGAUUGUCGCGGAGAAGUUUUAUGAAAACAAAUAUCCAAAGAAAAAAAAAAAAUAAAUGACAAUUGUUUGAGCGGACAGGAAUUUCGAACAGUGGUGAAAGA